AUGCCUGCAGUGAUCCCAGCAAUGGAUGAAGGCCAAGUUAUCAACAAAGCUCCAGGGUUUGAAGGUUCAAUCUAUGAUUCUUGGAAAACUAGAAUAGAAGCCUUCUCAAUGUCUCAAUCAUAUUACGUUUGGCAUGCUACUGUAAAUGGUGUUGUGACUCUUGAUCCUGAUAACCCCUCUGUUAAAGAUAAAAAGGUUGUGGCUAAUGAUAGCAAGGCCAAACAUGUUCUCUUCUGUGCUUUAAGGCAACAAGAGUUUACCAGAUUUAAAAGUUGUAAAACAACCAAGGAAAUGUGGGAUUCUCUUCAGGUAGCUCAUGAAGGAAAUAAGGUUAUUAAGGAAAACAAGAUACAGCUACAAAAAGUUCAAUAUGAGGUGUGUAAGAUAGAAGAUAGAGAAACUAUUGCUGAGUACAUGUUUAGAAUCAAUAACCUUGUUAAGAAUAUGAGAGCACUUGGUGAAGAUAUUAAGGAUGUUGAUGUUUGUAAGAAGAUAUUAAGGUCACUUACCUCUAGAUUCAAUCCUAAAGUGACAAUUCUCGAAGACAAAGAUCUUUCUAAAGUGAAGAUUGACGAGUUUCAGGCCUCUCUCACUGCCUAUGAAAUGAGAAUUGGUGUUCCAGCUAUUCAUAAAAGAGAAGCUGCUCUUAAAACAAAGGAAGUUGUUGAAAAAACUGAAGCAAAGUCUGAAGAUGAUUUGGAAGAAGAUGAGGUUGCCUAUCUUGCUAAGAAAUUCAGAACGUUCAGGUUUAAAAAGAAGAAUAAGCUACAAAAUUUAACUUGCUAUGGUUGUGGUAAACCUAGUCAUGUUACAUUUAAGUGUCCGAACACAAAGGGGCAGAUUCAGAAGAAGAAUGAGGGAGGAAACUACAAAAGAAGGUUUGGCAGAAAAGCAAUUAUCUCAGACUGGGAUGCGGCUCCUGAAAAAGAAAAACUUGAGGAGACACAAGAAGAUGAAUUUGAAGAAGAUAGUGACACUGAGAUUGAAGAAAUUCUUAAAGAGUGUGAAAGGCUUACAUGGUCUACCAAGAAGUUUAAAGAAGAACUGCCUCUCAUUCUAGAAGAAAGAUCCCUAAAAGUGGCUGAGAUCUGGAAGCAAUCCACAAAGCAAAUUGGGAAGACUGGAAUUGGCUAUGUGUGUGAUUCAGCCACAAAAGUCAAUCAAACUCACUUUGUAUUUGUCAAAGCCAUAAUUGUUGAAGUGUAUGCAAGGUUUCCUAUCAUAAAGCCUCGGAGGUUCAAGGAUGAGUUACUUAAUAACACCUGCAAUGCUCUAAACUUUAGCAAGAGAGACUUUAUUACCAUAGCUAUAAAGAACUUCAAGAUAACUAGAUUGUAUGUCAAGAAGUUUGACUUAGCUUCAGCUCAGAAGGUCAAUAACAAAGGAUCAUUGGUGAAGACUAAAAUGAUGUGGAUUCAUAAGAAGCUAAACUCUGUGAGUCUUCUUGUGUAUACCGACUUUAAAACUUGCAAUACUCAAGACAUAUGGCAUGUUGAUAGUGGCUGCUCAAGACGCAUAACAGGUGAUGGUUCCAAAUUUAAUUUGUUGAAGCAGUUUGAUGGUGGAAAUGUUAUCUUUGGAGAUAAUCAAAGAGCUAAGAUUGUUAGAAUUGGUACUAUGAGUAAGUCUAAAGAGUUGCCCGAAAUCCCCGAAGUUCUAUUGGAUGAAGGACUCAAGCAUAAUCUCCUCAGUGUUAGUCAAUUGUGGACAGUGGGAAUGAGAAGUAGCACUGUGAAGAGACUUAGGUAUGAUUUUGGCUCAGAAUUCAUCAUGAAGGAGUUUAAGCACUACUGUGAUGAUAAAGGUAUCAAGAAAGAGUUCUUAGCUGUUGCUACUCCUUAG